UUGCUCUCGCUGCGCGUGGCCUUUUGCUGCGUGCUGCUGAGCCUAGUGCCGGCCGUGUUGCUGGGCUGGCUGCUGGCCCGGCGGGAGUUUCCGCUCAAGAUCGCGCUCGACGGCCUCUGUCACCUGCCGCUGGUCCUGCCGCCGGUGGUCACCGGCUAUCUGCUCCUGUUGCUUUUUGGCCGCCGCGGUGUCUUCGGCCCGGUGCUCGCCGCGCUCGACCUCCAGUUGGCCUUCGACUGGAAGGGCGCGGUGCUGGCCUCGGCCGUGGUCGGCUUUCCCCUGAUGUUGCGCUCCGUGCGCCUCGGGAUUGAGAGCGUGGAUCCACGCCUAGAGCGCGUCGCCCGCACCCUCGGGGCGGGUCCGGUGCGCGCCUUUCUGACCGUGACCUUGCGCCUCGCCGCUCCCGGCCUGCUGGUCGGCUCGCUGUUGACCUUUGCCCGCUCGUUGGGCGAGUUCGGCGCGACCAUCACUUUUGCGGCCAACAUCGCCGGACAGACCCGCACCAUUCCUUCGGCCAUUUACACGUAUCUCAACCAACCAGACGGAGAAAGCCGCGUCGUCGGGCUAAUCGUGGUCUCGGUCGCGCUUUCGCUGCUGGCGCUCGUGGCCAGCGAGUGGUCGGCCCGCCGCUUCGCGCUCGACGUCGAUAUCGAGUGCCACCAUGCCGUCACCGCCAUCUACGGGCCGUCGGGCGCGGGCAAGACCUCGCUGCUCAACCUAGUUGCCGGGCUGGUGCAGCCGGACGCCGGCGAAAUAUCCUUGGACAGCCAAACCCUCUUCUCCUCGACCCAGCGCAUCGAUCUACCGCCCGAGCACCGCCGCGUCGGCUACGUGUUUCAAGACGACUUGCUCUUUCCGCACCUGAGCACCGAGGAAAACCUCUGCUAUGGCCGCGACCUGCUGCCGGCAGCGGCGCGCCGCUUUGCCUUGGACCAAAUCGUCGAUUUGCUCGAAAUCGGUCCCCUGCUCAAGCGUCGGCCGGGACACCUGUCCGGCGGCGAGCGCCAGCGCGUUGCCUUGGGCCGUGCCUUGCUCACUUCUCCGCGCCUCCUGCUGAUGGACGAGCCGCUAGCCUCGCUCGAUCAGGGCCUCAAAAACCGCAUCAUUCCCUACUUGUGCCACGUCCGCGACGCGCUCCAGAUCCCCAUUCUCUACGUCGUCGCGCACGGCGACUUUUUCACCAUCGCCGCCCACCCGCAAGUCCUGCCGCUGGUCGAAGAGCACGGCUUUGAAAACGUCCUCGACGUGGAAAUCGCAGCGAGCGACGCUGAGCGGGGCGUCUGCGAGGUCCGGUGCCACGGUCAGCAGCUAAAAAUUCCCUACUGCGAUUAUCCUGCCGGCAGCCGCCUCUUCAUCGGCAUCCGCGCCGACGACAUCGUCCUCGCCCGCCAGCGCCCCGAGGGGCUAAGCGUGCGCAAUGCUUUGCAGGGGACUAUCAGCACAAUCGCCGAUGUGGGGGGGAAACGACUCAUCUACGUGGAUGUCGGGCGGCGGCUAGCCGCCAAGACGACCCCAGAAGCCAUCGAGGAAAUGCAACUCAGCAUCGGCGACCCGAUCUACUGCCUCGUCAAAACCCAUUCCAUCCGCUUGGGACCGCAGCUAGGCCGGGCAGACAAGCGUUGA